UAGUACAUUGCACGGAGAGAGAGUCGGAAGAGAGGCUAAACCAAGAAUGUCAGUGCAAACAAACUUGGUGUUUAAAAAGAGUGUAAACUUAAAAUUCUUACCAAACAUAUAGUAGUGCGAUAACGAUAAGAGGGAAGAGACAACACACAGGCAUGACGCACGCACUAAACUAGGUAAGUGAUAGGUAGUGGUUGAAGGCAAAAGUGCAGUUGUAGCCGUCAAAAAAUAUAGGUUUCAAAACUGUGUCUGUGUGUGUAUACAGGCAGGUGCGGGAAGUGCGGGGAGGAGAUCGAGGCGAAGAAGAGAAGAGAGAGAAAAACGUUAUGCUUGAUGGUCGCGAGAGAAAGUGAGAGAACAAAUUGGCGCGUGCCGUUGCUCUUACAAAGGAGAACGGAGAUAAGAGAGACACUGCUGGCACGAUCUUCUUCCCGUUUCCUCUUGAAUCAAAAUUUUCAGGUUCAGUGCGCUGCGCGCAGCAAGAAAGAGAGUGUGCAAAAGAAAAUAAAAACAAAUAUACCUAUAAAAGGUAUAUCAAGCGAAGCGGGUACAUAUAUAUAAAUAUAUAUACAACGACGUUUAACGCCGCGUGAUACGAUAUCGGCUGCUCUGGAGCAGUGUUUUAAAAAAAAAAAAGGGUGCGCGUCUUCUCUCUCUACAGAUCUCCCGAAACAAUAUAUUGUUCCGUGCUAACAGUUUCCCAACAACUGCGAUCAUUGUUUCUAUUCACCAUAUACCAUUUCGGCUCAUCUGGUGUGUGCUGAUAUUACUGCGAGUUCUCUACGUGAUUAUUUUUGCAUUGUGUACUUGAAGCGUGCUUUAAUUGUUUAUCUCUGUUUGUGUUUGUGUAUACCUUAAUGUUACAAGUACUCGGCUCGUCCUUGAAGACGUAAAAAUACACAAGUGAAUCUGAGUUGAGUGUGAGGUUUUUAGCAAGACAUACCUAUACUUUGGUGCAAGUGCAUUAUCGUUUCAGCAGUUUCAGUGAUUUGCUGUGCAGUACACGUAUGCCUAUUGUGUGCUCCUUAAUUAUCUUUUGCAGCAUCUCGAAGAGGGAACAUAGCGGGGAAUAAUACAUGCAUGUACUCUUGAGAGAGAUAGCAGAGCGGAACGAGAGAGAUAUAUAUUACAGAAAGAGACCGGAAGGAAGGAAAGGCGAGAAGAGGGAAGAGGUGGUGUGCGCUAAAAAACAACAGCUGCACCACCAACCUCGAUGAGGAGGAGUCGUCGGGGUGCGUCGGAGCUGUUUGGUCUUGGUGAUGGAUGAUAUCGCUGCUACGAUGACGACGAUGAUGAUGUUGCUCUUUAACAGCAGCUGAAUGUUUUACCUCCCAUUUAGAUUAUCUGCAAGCACAAAAAUUUCGUCCCGGGGAGAAGAGGCGGAGGAGGAGGAGGAGGAGGAGGAGGAGAAGAUAAAGCCGAUAUUAUUCGCACGCAUAGAAAAAGAGGGACCGGUCGAAAGAUAGAGUAAAAAAGAGAGCGAGAGCGGCAGCAGGGGCGACGGCCAAAAUGGAAGUGCGGAGCGUGCACAGCAGCACCAGCGAUAUAAAUAGUGAGGAGGCCGCCAAGACCGAACGUUUGAUACCUCGUAAAAAGAGGAUAUGCCUCGUUGGUGCAGCUAACGAGGAUCCUUCGCUGAGCCAAGCAGCUCAGCAGUUUGGUGUACCAGUCGUCAAAUCGGAAACUGGUGUGGAAUACAUAGAGGACACAACCUAUUGCACAUAUUUUAUCCUAAAAAAUUUCGAAGGGCAAGAAUAUGAUCUCCUACACAAAACAGCACACAGGAUACUGGGACCAACAGCUUUACUACAGCUGGCAAAGGAGGAGAAACCGACGUUACCUAAAAUACAUCGGCCGAUGUACACACAAGCUAUGCUAGGAACCAUUAUUGUGUUUACAGGCUUUACAAUGAAAGAAGAGUUGACCAAGCUAGUCAACAUGAUACAUUUUAUGGGUGGUAGCGUGAGGAAGGAUAUGAGUGAAAAAGUAACGCACUUGAUUGCCAACUGUUGUAGAGGCCCAAAAUAUUGGUACGCAGUGACAUUUCGCGUGCCCAUCAUGUCAGCUGAAUGGGUGACGACUCUCUGGACCAUGAGGGACGAUGUUUCUAGCAUCAGUGUUGAUGAAAACACGAUCGCCACGUUCAAGUUAAAGCCGUUCUUUGGUGCUCGGGUGUGCUUCUUUGGCUUCCCAGAAGAGGAAAAGCGGCAUAUGUGCGAGGUAUUACAGCAGCAGGGAGGUGAAGCUACGGAAAUCAGUGAUCCAAAUUGCACCCACGUGGUUGUAGAUGAGUCGAACGUCAAUUCGUUACCUGAUCUUGCGUAUGCAAAGGCACACAUUGUCAAGGCUGAGUGGUUUUGGACAUCUGUGCAAAAUGAGGGAGCAGUUGACGAAAAAAACUAUCUGUUUGAAGACUAUUUGGAGUCCGUUAUGUCGCCAUCAGUUGCUUCAGCACGCAAAGACAGCCUUCAGCAAGCGUCGACACCAACAGGCCCUCCCUCGAAGCGAAGACGCAAACGGCUCGUCGAAACUAUAUCGAACUACGUGACCAAUGGCACCGACUCGCCGUCCCAGCACAAAAGACGCUCGAGUGUCAGUGAUGCGGGUCACCUAAGUGUCAGUGGAAGUUUCCUCGAUUGCACUGCGAGUCCUGACAAACGGCUUUUAGACGAUAUUCCAGAGGUAGAGGCUGUGAAUCCAGAGUCUUCUAGGAAACUUUCCCCUCGUCACCAAGUAUUUCUCGAACUAGUACAAACAGAGUCAAAUUAUGUUGGAAUCCUCAGUACCAUAAUGACGCUGUUUAAAUCACCAUUAGAAGAACUUAUUGAAACCAGUGGGGAGUUGUUGAAUAGUACGGAAGCUAAAAUAAUAUUCGGUAACUUUCCGCCAAUCUUCGAAGUACAUCAAAAUAUGUUGGAAGAGUUGCGCUAUUGUGCCAGCAACUGGUCAGAAGAAAAUAGUAUAGGAAAUAUAUUUCUCAAAUACGCGUCUGAUUUGAUCAAGGCUUAUCCGCCGUACGUGAAUUUCUUCGAAAACACAAAGGAAAUGUUGGAUCAGUGCGACCAGAACAAGCCGCGGUUUCACGCUUUCCUCAAAAUCUGUCAAUCAAAACCUGAAUGUGGCAGACAGAGCUUAAAAGAACUGCUGAUCAAGCCCGUGCAACGUCUUCCCAGUAUUAGCUUAUUGUUAAAUGAUAUUCUUAAGCACACAAAAGAAAACAACCCAGAUCACAUGGCCUUGCAAAAGUCUCUGAGCAGUAUAAAAGAAGUAAUGACUUACAUAAAUGAGGACAAGCGGAAAACCGAGGGCCAACUCGCGAUUUUCGACAUAUACCAAGAGAUCGACAAUUGCCCGGCGCAUUUGGUCUCCUCGCAUCGUUCAUUCAUAAGCAAGUGCGACGUGCAAGAGUUGAGCGAGGGUCUAAGCGGGCGAGGAGAUCAUCUCGUGCUCUUCCUCUUCACGGACAUGCUAGAAAUCUGCAAGAAGCGCUCCAAGGCCUUCAAUUCGAUGAAGAGCCCAAAUACCGUCAAUGGUCUCCAUUCGUUGAAAACGAGCCAAGGUAAACUCUACAAGCACAUCAAAAUGUUGUCGCUCAGCACUGUGAAAAAAGUCUUCGACAUUCGGGAAACGGAGGAGUGUCGGAAUGUAUUUGCUUUGUUGGUUCGUAGUAACGAGGAGUUAAAAGAAAAAUUAUAUUCCCUUACUAUAACCGAUGAGGAAGUUAAUAAAACAAAUUUUUUGCGAACGCUGUGUCGACAAAUGGCUAAUACUGUUUGUAAAGCUGAUGCGGAUACGUUUCUAACAAGCCUUGAUGCUCAUCAGCUUCACAUUGAUUCUAGUGAUGUAGCUGUAGGAACUUUGAGUAAAGCAUUUAAGAGUCUAUUUCAUAAUUUUUACCUGGAAUAUAUGGACUCGUAUGUGUUCCUACUCAAUAGCAUGUGUGAAACUACGUUUCAUGUCCCACUACCGUUCGCAAGUCGCACGAAAAUGAAGGUUCAUCGAGCGUUUAGUUUCAAUAAGACGCCAAGCAAGCUGAAACGAGCAAUGUCGACGAUGAUGUCGCCCUUUGGCUCGACCACCAGUUUAACCCCGGCAAGUCAGCAACUCGCUCAAAUGAGGCUCGCCAGCUGCAACAAUAUCAACGAGCUGGGAAACGGUAGUUCGGGCUCGCCGUCGCGAGACGAGGUCCUCGUCGCACCCCUGUCUGUCCAGCCGACGCGCAAAGCAAAGUGCAGUACUCUCAGCAUAGCCUCGUUGCGAAGAACCUGCUCUGAUGAUGUCCUGAAGGAUAAAUCCGAUGUCUGAGCAUCAGCGAAAGAUGCAUCAAGCUAGGAACGGCAUUCGAUCUGCUGAAUUUUUUUUUUUUUUUAAAUCGAAAGUUCAGUAGGAGUCAAGAAUUCAUACUUUUUUUACAAGUACACACAACUCUUUUUUUUAUACUCGGGUAAAGUAAAUAAUCGUACGACAUUGUAUUGUAACUAUCUCUGCAAAGAUAAUAUUUACAUUUACUUUUCUUACAUGGUACAAGUGUGUUUCUUGUAAAAAUUGAGAAAAAAAAAAAAAAAUAAUAAUACGUAGUAAGUCAUUUGUAAUGUAAUAGUCAAAAGGAGAUUAUUAGUUGAGUACUUGAUUGUGUUCGAUGGCCUGUCAAUUUCUCAAGAACAACGAUACUUUUGCCAUUUUGAUUGUUAUAAUACGUACAAGUAAAGCUGAUGAAAAAUUUUUAUGUCCAACGCUUUGAUGCGUUUACCGAGCUGAGGCUCGCACACGAGAGCGAGAACAGAUUUCGACUCUUUCUCUGUGAUUAAGCACUGAUAAUUCUAAUGCUUCCGUUCAAUCGUACAUUUAUGUAUAAACAUUAUUUUUAGAUACGUAUAUUUUUCAAUGCGAGUGCGAUGUGUAUACGCAUGCUGAUCCAUCAAAGUAAAAUACACAUAUUAUACGAUUCUGAAAAAUUUUUGUAAGUAAGACGUUGCAAGUGUCAAAUUUGUACUGAGUAUCAUAAUUUUUAUGUAAAAAAAAAAAAAAAAAAAAAAAAAAAAAAAA